UUUUGUCGGUUUUAGUGUGGUGCGAAGCUUCAGCUGAGAUGGUUGCUUUUCCCCGGCGGUUUAGCGCGUUGUUUGAUUUGGGUGGGAACGGAAGUUACUAGAUCUGAACAAGGAAGACCAUCAAGUCACGAUACAUGAAUAUAGUUCGAUAAUUUUGUGAAUAUUUGCGAUAUGUUGUGGCAUAAAAUAAAAAUCGCAGUGAUUUUUAAUAUUUCACCGGAAACCAGUGGGGCAAAGUGAGAAAAUAACUUCAGAAUAGACUAGAGUCUUACUUCUGUCUCAAAUCAAAACCAUUUGUUGAUACCGAAUGCAACAAGAAAGUUUCGGUUCCAUGUGAUCACAGUUUCAACGAAUUAUACAUUUUAUCUACACCAGUGCCUUCGAAACAGUUUUGUAAAGACACAAAAUUCUUGAUAAAGUGUAUGAGCAGUUGAAAAUUCAUUUCCGAAACAGAUUAGACCGGGAGAGCAGUGUACAAUCAGCAGGAUACAAAGAAUGACCCAAUCCACAGAAAAGAUAUAAGCGAGUGUUUUACGCGAAAGAAGACUAUCGUAAUAUAAUUAGCUCCUCAAUAUUGAUUGAUUGUGCCCUUGUAAUCUUUACUUUUUUGUGUGCUCCAAUCGGAAAGCAUCUAAGGAAGCUAAACGGAGUCCCGUGUCGUGUUGUAGCUGUGUGAAUUUUCAAUUUGAAAAAAGAAAAUGGAUCCAUUGAGUAUCGGUUCCAGCGUUUUGAGUCUCCACCAGCGAGAAAAUACAGAGCAAAAUAAAGAUGAUGCAUUUCGCGAAAUCAUUGCCAGCUGUCGCUCGCUCAGCAAGUAUGAGACCAACAUAAAGUCAGCCUUUCCACAGAUCUUCUCGGCCAUUAUCGCAGCUGCUUUCCACAUCGUCAUCGGUAUUUCGUUGGCGUACUCCGCUAUCUUGAUUCCACAGCUGGAAGAUCCGAACAGCGAUGUCGUCGUGACGAAAGCUCAAUCCUCAUGGAUCGCUUCGAUCAUUGUGAUCAUGGUCCCGAUAGGAUCACUGGUCGCCGGAGUGAUCAUGGAGUUUUUGGGCCGGCUGAACACCAUCAAGCUGGCGGCGAUCCCUUGUAUCAUCGGCUGGAUCGCCAUCGCUCUUGCGGAUAACUUUUUCUGGAUUAUGGUCGGACGUGUGCUGACUGGUUUCGCUUGUGCCAUAGGAACGAGCCCGGCCAUUGUAUACAUCACCGAGGUGUCACGUCCUGACAUGCGUGGUUCGCUGAUCUCUUCGGGACCGACGAUUGCUUCCUUAGGUAUGGUGAUCGCAUAUGCCAAGGGCGCUUACAUGAACUGGCGACUGGUCGCUUGGAUAAACAUUAUUUACACUAUCGUCCCAGUGCUGCUCAUUCAACUAUUCGUACCUGAGUCUCCCGUUUGGCUGGUUUCCAAGGGACGCAUUGAAGAUGCCGCUCGAUCGCUCAAAUUUCUUUACAAGAAAUAUCCUCAACCGGAGCAUACGGAGCAACCCUUAUCUGAGAUGCACCUUAACGCACUGCUCAAGGAACGUGAGUCUAGACUCCGUGAAGCCGAGCGAACCGUUGGUGCUAACAAGUCUAAAUUGCGUGGCUUCCUCAAACCAACCGGUUACAAACCGAUGAUCAUCUUGUUUUGGUUCUUCUUGAUCCAACAGUUCAGCGGUAUCUACAUAACCCUUUUCUUCGCCGUAACAUUCAUCCAGGAUGUUGGAACCGAGGUGAACGCCUUCACGGCUUCCAUCUUUGUUGGUUUGACUCGUUUCACCAUGUCCUUGUUGAACGCAUGGUUGCUGAAAAAAUUCGCCAGAAGACAUCUGACAAUGGUGUCCACGAUCGGGAUGGCAAUUUGUAUGACUGUUUCCGGUUUCUUCACGUUGUGGAUCAAGGAAAAAACCACUACCCUGACUUGGGUACCUGUUCUGUGUUUGUUACUGUAUGUGUGUGCCUCCAUGAUUGGGCUGCUGACAAUUCCGUGGACCAUGACGGCUGAACUUUUCCCCAUGGAGAUUCGUGGAUUGGGUCACUCUCUUUCCUACUCCAUGGCAAACUUGCUGAUGUUCUUCGCUGUACAAAGUUACAGAUCAAUGGCCGAUUUCCUUGGUGGAUCUCAUGCGGUUCAGUGGUUCUUCGCCGUGGUAUCCGUGUUCGGGUUCCUGUUUGCCCUCAUAUUCCUCCCAGAAACGCACGGCAAGAGUCUGGCGCAGAUCGAAGCGUACUUUGCGGGUAAUCAGAAGCGUGCCCCAACCGCACCAGUGCCACGCAAUAUGUCCAACAAUCACCUGAGGGUUACGGAGCAUCUGAUCAAAAGUCCCAGCUCAAACUCGUUCAAAGUGAGAGAAGCGGAAUUGAUGUUGAAAAACAAGGAAGUUUCCUAGGCUUCCGAUACGAGAUACGUACUUAGUUAUACACAAAACCAAUAAAGGCGUUAGAUUUGUAAGCGUUGUAAGUGUACUUAGAUACUUUUUGACAUGAAUAUAAUGAGCUAACUUCAUGGAUGAGAUGCCCAUGCUAUAUUUUUAGAUGGCAUAUUUUUUUUCUGUAGACGAAACGAGCGAAGUAUUAACAGUGGUAGUUAUUUAUUGUCCUACACAUCAGUCAGUUCAAAUAGUAGCUAGGAACAUUAAACAAUCCAUGGUGCAAACAAGACGCGAAAAUGUUUGAUUUGAGAUUAGAACACUUACACAAGUGGAGAGCCGAUUUGUUUAGGCGAUAUUAGUUAUCACCUCACAAAACAAAACAAAAACGAUUUAUUUCUCAUAGUCUAGCGGUUUAAUUUAAUUUUAAACUCACGCUACUUAACAUUGAAAAAUCGCUGUGUGAAUGAGUUUCUUCAAAUCUUUGAAUGACUUAACUGAUAUGACUCUAGAUUUAAACACAAGUGGCUUAAUAAACAAAUACGUUAAAUA